GGUAUAUUUCUGAGGAUUGGACGGUUUUCUGUGAUGUGAUUCAAAAUUUUGUAGAAAUAUGAACGAAACUGAGGUAAAAGUUGAAAUAAAAGCAGAAGAUAAUGCCAAACUCGGCGAGAACGAGACCACGCCGCUACGGCUACGGCGACUCGACGAGAACGACGAGACGCCGCUACGCACAGUUGGAAUCCCUCAUUCUCCGGACCCCACUGAUUUCUCGACCGGUUGCAGUGGCCAUGGAAGGGAAAGCGACCACGACGAUGUCGAGAUCCUAUCUUUUCCUCGUACUCCGCGAAGUGAACUGACAAAACCAAAUAGUCUUGUCAAGGCACAGCCUGAGGCUCCCGUUGUCAUGGCUGAGCCUGAGGUUCCAGUUGUCAAGGCAGAACUGGCAGCUGCUGAAGUCGAUUUUGCUACUGUUACAGCAAUAAUCGACGAACUAUUCGAUGGUCUCCGCGAAAACGAUAUAAUUCAAAAAUUGGAGUUAGACGAACAUGGCUUGUCGGGCAUUCCAAGUGGUUUCAGCAACAGGGAUGAAAAGAACAACAUGGACUUGGAACCGCCCCAACCAGCUACGCCAGACUCAACGGACAACCGGGAAGAACUUGAAGCGUGCCGCGAAGCGACUCAGAAGGCGUUGGAAGAGUUGGAUAAGUUCAAAGAGGUGCCAGAUGAGCGUAAGAAGAAGAAGCGAAAGCACAAGAGGGGUGAAUCUGAGGAAAGUGUUGCUGAAAAACGGACUCAAAGUAACAGUACGGUCGAUGAUAAUCAAAAGGAAAACAAGCGCACCUCACGGGACAAUAAACGCACAAGCGAAGAGCAUCAACGGGACAGGAGACGCCACCACGAACACAAUCCAAGGGACGAUAGACGCCAUCACGAACACAAUCCAAGAAACGAUAGACGCCAUCACGAACACAAUCCAAGAGACGAUAGACGCCAUCACGAACACAAUCCAAGAGACGAUAGACGCCAUCACGAACACAAUCCAAGAGACGAUAGACGCCACCACGAACACAAUCCAAGAGACGAUAGACGCCAUCACGAACACAAUCCAAGAGACGAUAGACGCCACCACGAACACAAUCCAAGAGACGAUAGACGCCAUCACGAACACAAUCCAAGAGACGAUAGACGCCACCACGAACACAAUCCAAGAGACGAUAGACGCCAUCACGAACACAAUCCAAGAGACGAUAGACGCCACCACGACGACAGUCAUAGGUAUAACAGACAUCAACACGAGGAAAAACCAAGGGACAAGCGUCCACGCGAGGAUAAUCACAGGCUCAAAAGAGGCGAUCAUGACGCUAACCCACGAGACAAUAGACGCCACUAUGAGGAUAAUGAAAGGGAAAGUAAACGACUACGCGAGGAUCAUCAAAGCGAAAAAAGACGCCAUCAGGAGCAUAAGCAAAUGGCUAUUAAACGUCUACGCGAAGAUAAUCAAACUGAAGUCGAAGGCAAGCGUGAUCUUAGGGUGAGAGCAACAUUAAAUGUCCUGCCGCGCAUCGCCACAAUAAAACAAGCGCCGACGUCCGCAGUGGAUUCAGAUUCGGAGUUUGAGUGGAUUUAUGUUCGAGACGACGAGAGGCACAUCAAAGUCGUAAAUCGCGAGAAGUUGUGCCAGCAGGCGCAGAAUGAGGCCGUUGCAGAGACGGCCAAUCCAGAGCCAUCACCACAAAAGCUGACAAAACGAGAAAAGGGCAACUUAGCCGAGAGUCGGGCCAAGCAAGUGCUCGAACUGUUCGAGCGGAAAAAAUUGGACGAUCAGGAAGAGGAGUUCCUUAUGGUGGACACUAUACACAAAGUGCCUAAGAGCGAGUCCUUCAUGAGUAAAGAAGCCUUCGAGAAUCCCUCGCCGAUAUGCAACAACUACAAUGUGGUUUAUGAGUUCAAUUCGGCGCCGGGAACCAGGAUUGAUUUGGCUAAAUGGGGGCUGGAAGCGUUGCCCGAUAGCACCAGGGAUCUGCUCCGGAUACUGGCCUACGAUGUGGAUCAUCUAAAACAGGCUCAGCUCAAGGCACAGCCAAACCAGCGCAUACUGAAACUAAAACAGGAACAGCUUUUCAAUUCACCAUUUUCCGAACCGGAGGAAUUCGAUUAUGCGGCCCUUUACAUAAAUGCCUCGACCCAAACUGACUUCAGGCCCCACACGCACAGCGUCGGCACUCAGGCAAAACUGGAGGGACAGCCGAGAGGUGCCUUCUGGCAGGAACCGGACUUCGACAUGACCUUUUUGACGACGCCCCAAAUGAAUGUGAUGUUUUCUUUGCAAGAGCUCUGCCGAACACUGCCAAGCCCCGCGCAUGCCUGCAUACUCUACCAAGCCCUUCAACCUGCUCUGGAUAACAAGCGCGAGUUUCGUUCACACAAAUGAAAAAACACACUAUGUAUAUUGAUUCUCUUUUCAUUGUUUGUAUAAUUCGUAGUUCGUACAUAUAGAAACCAAAAAUAUAUAACACUGUAGCACUUUAUGUA